GGCUGCAGUGAUGGGCACUGAUAGGCUGCACUGAUGGACACUGAUAGGUGGCACUGAUGGCACUGAUAGGCAGCACUGACUGGCACUGAUUGGCAGCACUGAUUGGCGGCACUGAUUGGCAUUGAUAGGUGGCACUGACUGGCACUGAUGGGUGACAUUGAAAGGAAGCUCAGAUGGGCACUGAUAUGUGGCAUUGUUGUGCACUGGUAUGCACUGUUAUGUGACAUUGAUGUGGUGCUGAUGGGCACUGGCACUGAUGAGCACUGACAGGUGCCACUUCUGGGGCCACACUGAUCAU